UUGUAAAAUUUAUUUGAUUAGACAGUUGAAUCGGUUAAAUAAUAUGGCUAGUGAUCCCUCGAAACAACAACAACAACAACAACCAAAAGCAUCAUCCACCACUGAUGAUGAUGUUGUUGCUAAUGCAACAGAACCAUCAUUGACAAUGAGUAAAAGUCUUACUAGUAUUGGUUUUGCUACCUGUGAUCGUGAAAUUGAAGAUGAACAAAUUGCAAAUAAUAGUAAUAAUAAUAAUCAUCAUAAUAUUAAUGUAAAAUCAACAGAAAGUAUUUUACCAUCAUCAUCAUUAUCAACAUCAUCAAAUUCCAACGAACAAUCAAUGACACCAAUGAUUUGUCAUUGUGAAAAUCAUGAUAUACCUAAAGAUAUUUUAUGCAUCAUUUUAAUAUGUCCACAACAUCAGACAAUUGCAUUGCAACAGAUUAUUGAUUAUUAUUAUUUUCCAUCCACACCAUUAACACAGCCAAAUCAAUCGAUUAGUGAAACAAUUUCAUCGCUAUUUGAUUUAAUGAUUUUUAAAAAUAACAAUAAUAUCGAUACAAACAAACAAAUGAUGAUUCAUUCGGAUCUUGUACACAUGUAUCGAAUAAAAGUGCCAAAAAUUCGUCGAUUUAUAACAAAAUGGAUAUAUUAUUCACAAUUAAUUAAUUCAAAUAAUACAUGCAUUUGUAAUGUUAAUGAUGAUGAUACUAUAUCAAGUACCAGUAAUGACGAAAUAACCUGGUUACCAAUUGCUAAAUUGCCAUCAAUUUUCACUACUGUUUGGGGUGGUGAAAUUAUCCAAUAUUUCAAUAAUGAUAAAAACUUUUGGACAAUGAAUUUUAUUGAAGUUAAUUAUGAAGAAAUUAUCGAAGAAGAAUUGCCUAAAAUUGAACAAUCAUGGCAAAGCGAUUGUGCUAUCAAUCUAUCAAUUGCGGCUGAAUAUUUGUACAAUGAAUUUUUCAUUCAAUGCCAUCCUUCCAGUACGAUGAGCCUGGCUUCAUUUCAUUUAUUUUGUGAUAAACUUGAUUGGUUCGUUGGUACCUGGUAUAAAGAAAGUAGAAUAAAAAUUUUCAGACAUUUGGAUAGACAAAAUCGUGGUUACCUUGAAUAUCGUGAUCUUCUAAACGGUUUGGCAGAGUUCAAUUUACGUAAAACUGAUGAAAAUCCUUUCAGUGAUUUUCCAUUUUUUGAAGAAAUUUAUAAAAAAUUCAAUUGUCGAAAUAUUGCUACAACUGUACAGCAAAAAUUAGUUGAUAAUACAAUUUAUUAUGGCAGAUGUGAUUCUUGUUUAUUCUACAUUCUGGAUACAGAAUUUCCAAAAUAUAAUAUUUCAUCGUUGCUUACUCAUAUUGGAAAAUCUGGUGAAAUCAUAAAAGUAUUGAAAUUUAAACCGAAUUUUGCUCAAUCUGAAUCGGUAAUGACAUUCAUUGAUGAUAUUCAAAAUCGAAACAUUUUCAAUUUGGCCAAUGAAUUUAUUAAUCGUAUUGGAAAAAUUCAAACAUGUAAAGAUCAAUUAGAAUCUAAUUUGGAAUCAAUAGAAAAUUAUUAUUUUGAAAACAGAUCAAUAAUGUUACAUUAUUUACGAAUGAUUCUGGAAUUCGCAAAACGUUUAUUCGAAAAUGAAUCACCAAUUUUGGAAUUACAAUCACCGGCAUAUAUUUUCGGUUAUCUAAAUGGAUCCAUAGAAGAUUUAUUUAUGUUCAAUCGAAACAUUUUCAAAACAUUUCCAUUCAUCGUUCCAGGUGUAUUAUUGUUCAUGGGAAAUUAUUUGCAAAAUCUUGAUAAUCUUGAUUGUCUUAUCUAUUUAUUAUGCAUGAAAAUAUUAAUGCCUACAAAAGUAUUUUUAUUAUCUGGCCACAAUGAAAUGAAAUUGGCAAAUUUACCCGAAGACGAUGAUAUUAUUAGAAAUUUAAUCAAACAAAUCUAUGGUCUUUUGCCAAUCGCAUGCAUAAUCGGCGAUCAAUUAAUCGUAGCCAAUUUUUCAAUGCCAACAAUUUCAACAUUUAAAUUGAAAAUAAUGGCAACUUGGUCACGAUCAAUGAUACCGUUUAAUAAUGUUGGUAAAAUUUAUUAUAAAUACGAUUUAAUCGAAAAUAGUCGACAUUGUUAUCAACAAUAUACGAUAUUUGAUCGAAAACAUUCACCAUUGUAUGAAGAUUUAAUCGAUGAAUUGAUGACAAAAUCCAUGAUGAUCGAUAAUGAAGAAAACAACAAUAAUGGCCAACAAUCCAUCGCUAGUCAACAAACACAGAUGCUAAAAUUUAUUGCCCAUAAUCAUUUAUUCAUAUCUAUUCAUUCGAAUUGGAAAACAUAUGGAAAAGAAACAAAUGAUAAUGAAGGAUUCGAUUUUCCUACCGAUAAUACAUACGAUUUAACAACGAUUCUUUCAACACGAAAAUUAACAAAUGAUCCAACUUGUAUAUUUAUUGAUCAAAAUAUUCUACGUUUUAUUUGUAUGGAAUAAACGAAAAAUUAAAUUAUCAUACCGAUAGAUGGUGAUAGUGUUGAACAGUGUAAUAGAAUACAAUUCGAAAAAAAACUUGUUUCUAAAUAAACGCGCGAGCUCGAGAUUUUUUUCGUUGUUGUU